GUGAAGAGUUGUUGAUGUUCACUGGUUAUGCUUAGACAAUGCGCAGUUUGUUUUAAUUUAAAAUUUUGGGGGGGAUAGGGGUAUAGGCUUGUGAAGGGCAGUCCGGAUCCGGUGGAACUCCUCUUUGUACCUUGGUAGGAGAGACACCCCCAGUCUGUCCUCGAUGCCGUCAGCCUUGGCCAUCUUCACUUGCCGCCCGAACUCGCACCCAUUUCAGGAGCGCCAUGUCUACCUGGACGAGCCCAUUAAAAUCGGCCGCUCCGUGGCCCGCUGUCGACCAGCGCAGAAUAAUGCUACCUUUGAUUGCAAAGUACUGUCAAGGAACCAUGCUCUCGUCUGGUUUGAUCACAAAACGGGCAAGUUUUAUCUCCAAGACACUAAAAGUAGUAACGGUACCUUUAUAAAUAGCCAGAGAUUGAGUCGAGGCUCUGAAGAAAGUCCACCAUGUGAAAUUCUUUCUGGUGACAUUAUCCAGUUUGGGGUAGAUGUAACGGAGAACACACGGAAAGUUACCCAUGGGUGUAUUGUUUCCACAAUAAAACUUUUUCUACCAGAUGGUAUGGAAGCCCGACUCCGCUCAGAUGUCAUCCAUGCUCCAUUACCAAGUCCUGUUGACAAAGUUGCUGCUAACACUCCAAGUAUGUACUCUCAGGAACUAUUCCAGCUUUCUCAGUAUCUACAGGAGGCCUUACAUCGGGAACAGAUGUUGGAACAGAAGUUAGCCACACUUCAGCGGCUACUAGCCAUCACCCAAGAGGCUUCAGAUACCAGUUGGCAGGCUUUAAUAGAUGAAGAUAGACUCUUAUCACGGUUAGAAGUUAUGGGAAACCAGUUACAGGCAUGCUCCAAAAAUCAAACAGAAGAUAGUUUACGGAAGGAACUUAUAGCAUUACAGGAGGAUAAACACAACUACGAGACGACAGCCAAAGAGUCCCUGAGGCGGGUUCUUCAGGAGAAAAUUGAAGUGGUUAGAAAACUUUCAGAAGUUGAGCGAAGUCUGAGUAAUACUGAAGAUGAAUGUACCCAUCUUAAAGAAAUGAAUGAACGGACUCAGGAAGAAUUGAGAGAAUUAGCCAAUAAAUAUAAUGGAGCAGUUAAUGAGAUUAAAGAUUUAUCUGAUAAAUUAAAGGUAGCAGAGGGAAAACAAGAAGAAAUCCAACAGAAGGGACAAGCUGAGAAAAAAGAAUUACAACAUAAAAUAGAUGAAAUGGAAGAAAAAGAACAGGAGCUCCAGGCAAAAAUAGAAGCUUUGCAAGCUGAUAAUGACUUCACCAAUGAAAGGCUAACAGCUUUACAAGUACGGUUAGAACAUCUUCAGGAGAAAACUCUUAAAGAAUGCAGCAGUUUAGGGAUACAAGUUGAUGACUUCUUACCUAAAAUAAAUGGGAGCACAGAAAAAGAGCACUUGCUUUCAAAGAGUGGCGGGGACUGCACUUUUAUUCAUCAAUUCAUAGAAUGCCAGAAGAAGCUGAUCGUCGAGGGGCAUCUAACCAAAGUGGUAGAAGAAACAAAGCUUUCAAAAGAAAACCAGGCAAGAGCAAAAGAAUCUGAUUUGUCAGAUACUCUGAGUCCAAGCAAGGAAAAAAGUAGUGACGACACUACAGACGCCCAAAUGGAUGAGCAAGACCUAAAUGAACCUCUUGCUAAAGUGUCCCUAUUAAAAGAUGACUUGCAGGGUGCACAGUCAGAAAUUGAGGCAAAACAAGAAAUUCAGCAUCUUCGCAAGGAAUUGAUUGAAGCCCAGGAACUAGCUAGAGCAAGUAAACAAAAAUGCUUUGAACUUCAAGCUCUUUUGGAAGAAGAAAGAAAAGCCUAUCGAAAUCAAGUUGAGGAAUCCAGUAAACAAAUACAGGUUCUUCAAGCCCAACUACAGAGGUUACACAUCAAUAUUGAGAAUCUCCGGGAGGAGAAGGACAGUGAAAUCACAAGCACUCGAGAUGAACUGCUUAGUGCCCGAGAUGAAAUUUUGCUCCUUCAUCAAGCAGCAGAAAAGGCUGCUUCUGAGCGGGACACUGACAUUGCCUCGUUACAAGAAGAGCUUAAGAAGGUGCGAGCUGAGCUUGAGCGGUGGCGGAAAGCAGCGUCUGAAUAUGAGAAAGAAAUCACGAGUCUGCAAAAUAGUUUUCAGCUUCGAUGUCAGCAGUGUGAGGAUCAGCAGAGAGAGGAAGCAACAAGGCUAGAAAGUGAACUAGAGAAGUUGAGAAAGGAAUGGAAUGUAUUGGAAACCGAAUGCCAUUCUCUAAAAAAGGAAAAUGUUUUGUUAUCAUCAGAACUGCAGCGGCAAGAAAAAGAAUUGCACAAUUCUCAGAAGCAGAGUUUAGAGCUUACCAGUGAUCUCAGCAUCCUUCAGAUGACUAGAAAACAGCUUGAGAAUCAAGUGGGAUCCUUGAAAGAACAGCAUCUUCGGGAUUCAGCUGAUUUAAAAACUCUUCUCAGUAAGGCUGAAAACCAAGCAAAGGAUGUACAGAAAGAGUAUGAAAAGACACAGACUGUACUCUCAGAACUGAAGUUGAAGUUUGAAAUGACUGAGCAGGAAAAACAAUCAAUCACAGAUGAGCUCAAACAAUGUAAAGACAACCUGAAGCUGCUCCGAGAGAAAGGAAAUAAUAAACCCUGGCCCUGGAUGCCCAUGUUGGCUGCCCUGGUUGCGGUGACAGCCAUCGUGCUGUACGUGCCAGGUCUGGCCAGAGCUUCUCCAUGAGAGCGUUUCUUGAGUCCGUACACCGUCCUCCCUUUAGAAGCUGGCAUCACACUCAUGCUGGGGACAAACAGAACCAUUUUCUUCCUUUUUACCUCUUAAGACAGCAGAAGUGCAAGAAUACAGCUGUAGGGUCAUUGCUUUAAAUUAUAUAAAAUGUAUCUAUCUAUAAAGAGGAUAUAAAAUUGUGACUUUAUUCUACUGUAAGCAAUAAUUUGCUUGCAAUUUUUCAUGUAAUUUUUAAAUUAGUAUGUUGAGAUUCUGAAUAUUAUGGUGGCCUAAAGUAGGCUUCUUGGUACACCAAAUUAUUUAUAACAUUAAAUUUGUGGGUAUUUUACUCUGAAUUCUAAUGGCCAGAUAAUUCAUUUUUCUGAUUCGAUAACUACCCAAACCAAACAACCAAUACAUACAUGGGAAGAGAGGCCCUGUGUGCUCAGUGCCUAUCAGUUUGAAAUAUAUACACAUAUAUAUAUAUUUUUUACAUAUUUACGCCAUUUUUACUUGUUAUAAAACCACUGAGCUAUUGGGAACAAGACUUAGAGACAACUAUUUGCGUGGAUUUUUCUUUCUUUCUUUCUUUCUUUCUUUUCUUUCUUUCUUUCUUUCUUUCUUUCUUUCUUUCUUUCUUUUUCUUUUUUUUUUAAGGAGAAAUACACUUGGAAAAUAUUCUGUUCUAGUGAUAAUUUGGGGAAUAUGUGCACGCUUGUUCAGCCUUAAUGUGACUUGAUGAUGUGGAGGACAUCAACUUUGAAAAACUUUCCAUGAGAGUGUGUAUUUUCUUGAGCAAACUGAAGUAUUUCUGGGAGCAAAAACAGUAAUUCUACAAUUUCAGUGCAGUAAACCAAACUGUUGAGUCAAUUGGAAUGUAAUUUAUUAAACCUCAUGUAUUUAAAG